AAUUUGGGCUGGGUGGCGUGUUGUUUACUGAAUCUCACGGGCCGGUGGAACACAAAUAUCAGAAUCGAAACUUAUUUUGUCUCACUGAGUCAACGGACGUGACACGGUAUAGCUGACAGAGUAAGGAGAGACGGCAUCUAGUAUAAACGUUCAACAGUCGUAUUAUUCAUUCAGUCUAGUGUCAAUUUGAAGACGAACAUAGAAUCACAAUGAAGAAGUCCUGCUGUAUUUACAGCACUGGGGUACUUUCACUUGUUGUUUUAAUUGUCAGCAUCGCUCUGGUUUUGUCGCAGGUCUUCCAGAACGCACUCAACGCACGAAUAAAGAAGGAAAUAAUACUGAAGAAUGGCACUGAUGCUUUUGAGGCCUGGGAGAACCCUCCUCCGCCAGUGUAUAUGCAGUUUUACUUCUUUGAUCUGAGAAACCCCUCUGAGGUACUUCUAGGAGAGAAGCCAUUUGUGGAGGAGAAGGGACCUUACACUUACAGAGAGUUCAGGCCAAAGGAGAAUGUGAGAUUUUCUGACAAUGACACUAAAGUAUCAGCCACCAUGCCCAAGACAUAUGUGUUUGUGCCUGAGAUGUCCGUGGGAUGCCGAGAAGAUGAUCCAAUCAGAACUGUUAAUGUUCCUGCUAUAACAAUGAUUGAAAAGUUUAAAACUCACCCAUUGAUAAGUAACCUAAUAUCAUCAUACAUGAAGUCCCAAAAUAUAGGUCUGUUUGUGACCCGUACUGUACAUGAACUACUCUGGGGAUACAAAGAUCCUUUACUUGCUGUUGUUCACAAAGUUCGCCCUGACAUUGAUGAAUACUUUGGCCUCUUUUAUAAGAUGAACACCACUGAUGAUGGUGAAUAUGUCGUCCUGACUGGAGAACAGGACUAUAAAGACUUUGCCAGAAUAGUUGAGUGGAGAGGUGAAAGCUCGCUGGAUUGGUGGACCUCCGAGACGUGUAAUAUGAUCAAUGGGACCGAUGCAGCUUCCUUUCACCCACUCAUAACAAAGAAUGAAACAAUCUACAUUUUCUCAUCAGAUUUGUGCAGGUCUCUUUAUGCUACAUUUGAAAAGGAAGUCCAUGUGAAGGGGAUACCCGCCUACAGAUUUGUUCCACCCAAAGAAGUGUUUGCCAAUAUCACAGUAAAUCCGGCAAAUGUUGGCUUCUGUGUGCCAGCAGGAAACUGCUUGGGUUCAGGGCUCUUAAACGUCAGCGUGUGCAAGCAAGGUGCGCCAAUUAUUAUGUCAUCACCGCAUUUUUAUCAGGCAGAUCAGAAAUACAUUGAUGAUGUGGCCGGAAUGAAUCCAAAUAAGGAGGAUCAUCAAACGAUAAUGGACAUUAACCCGCUCACAGGCAUUCUUGUGAGGGGUGCAAAACGAGUCCAGGUGAACGCCUUUCUUGAGAAAAUUGAAGCUUUUAGCCAAACUGGAAAUGUGUCAACACUGGUUUUCCCUGUGAUGUAUCUCAACGAGAGUGUGGAGAUUGAUGCCGAGUCUGCAGACAAAGUGAAGUCGGUGGUGUACCAGGCCAAUGUGGUCAUCAACAUCCCCUUCAUAAUAAUGGCCUUUGGGAUUCUUCUGGGGGUUAUCUUCAUUGUAUUUUUGUGCAAGAACCGAGAGCCAGAGGGAACUAAAGAAGAACAAGGACCUCUUUUGCAAGCAUCAUCAUAACCAUGCCUAAAGGAAAAUAUAUUUUUUGAUAGUGGAAGCUUUGAAAUGCUCGCUGCUUGUAACUCUAUGGGGGAGGGCUGGCCUUUCUAGGCUAGUCUCAUAAGUUCCUUUCUUUCUGCACUCUGUAACCCCAGGACUGUAAUAUUUACCAACUUUACUACACUACCCAUAUAAAAGUUUACAAUAGUAAAAGCAUAGCAUAUGAAUGUAUUGUACAGAAUGAGAUAUGGUGAACUAUGGUAAAUGCAUAGUAGAACUAUGGGAGUGGGAUGGUAAAACUGCAAAAAUACAGUGGUACAUUUUUAUAUGGGUAUUGCUUCUAGAAUAAUAUUGACUACCUGUAUGUACUGCAUGGUAAAGGUUGCUAUUUGAACUGCAGGUUGCUGGUUACAGGCUGUGUAAGUGUUCAGAGUGGAUUUUGGUGCAGCACCUAACACUUAUCGAAUCCACUAUUUUAUUUUUGAUAAAUGCAGACACUGCUGUGUUAUGAUGGUACUACAACUAAAUGUUUCUCCUCAAUUACUGGCAUUAUUAUAAACUAUGCAGGUUUUACAGGUUUCCUCUAACUCAUUCUGUAAUCGUUGUUUGUUUGUUUUUUUCAUAGUGGAGAAAUCAAAAGAAAAGACUGCUGUAAUACUGUUAGGCAUCCUCUGAACAUCUGGUUCUGGUCUUGUUCCAACCAUGUGCUUAAUAAUUAUAUUAAAGAAAUUGAGUCCCUGGCCAGGUCCUAAAGCACUUGCGGCUACUUUCACAGACCCCGUCUUGGACUACCUUACCAAACUAAUAUUAGGUAGUCCAGGAUUAGUGCUAAUCCGGGUCUGUGAAACCAGACAUUAAUCAUUUAAGUACAGUAUAACAAUUAAACAUGUCAUGGAACAGCACUCUAACCAGAGUUGUCUAGCCGUGUUAAAAUAAAAAAUCUUAGGCCCCACAUUUUCAGUCAGGCUCACAGAUAAUAUUUUUUGUGUCCUAUUAUUUUAUUUUUUUUAUGAUUGUAAUGAUCUCUUUUGAAACACUUUUUGCAGUUGUUGGAACAUGGCUCUAACUAACUGAAGCUUUCAGGUGAACUAAUUCUGUUUAUUAAAAAUUGCACUGUCCCUCAGUCAUUUUCUAAACUAAAAUACAAUGACACUUUCUGUGUCUGUUCUUCCAUAAUUUGACCUUCUUUGCACUUUCGCUGAAAGCAACAGCGUUUAAAGCGGUAGCUUUCGUGAUACAAGCUUCCUCUCCAUUUGAAUCCUGCCGACCACAACUCCACUGAUCCACAAAGGCUGGCGUCUGCUUAGUGUAGCAUUCGAGCGUUAGAAAUGACAUGUUCAAGCUUCUAGCCUUGGAAGCAAAGCAGAAAUGAAAGGGAAUUUCCUUUUUUCUUAAAUUGUAUUUUGUUACACUAGUACUGUAACAUUUUACAAACAUCUACUGAGCUGCUAUUCUCAGGGUAUGAGCCGCCUUACGGAAGCUAAAACUAUUAUUUAAAACCAUAGAUGGCAGCACAUCUCUGCGCUUUUCUUAAUUAUCGUAAUAUGAUAUAAAAAGCUAUAAAGUAAGGAAAGAGAGACAAAUCUCAUUGGCUAAAAAGAAUUCCAAUCUGUGCAACAAUGGCACCAUACCAGCGCAGCUUAGAACUUUUCAAACCACACUGAUUUCAUUUGACAGCCUAUUUACUUUGAUACCUGUGGAGCAGUCGUGUCAUUAUUUCACUCCUAGGUGUGUGAGUGUUGAACCACAUUUAAACUUCCUGUUGUGUGUUAAUGCUUUCAUAUAGUGGUUCAACUGUACAUAAUAUCCUCAUUACAGUCUGAUUUCCAUGUUAUUUUCUGCUUGCUUUAAAAUCAAACACUUGUAAAAAGGGAAUGCUUGUCUUUGAUUAAUGAUUGACCUGCUUCAGAAUUGAUGUACUGUAUGUCUAAUAACAAAGUUAUGGCUAGUAACAUUCCACAGCUCUCAGUGUGCCUGCUUUAUAGCAGGUGCUCACAAAUGUCAAACAGGUGAACCUUGUAGGUAAUACUGGAGCUGAAGAGCUACCAGUUAAACAAAGAUAAGCAAAGUUUAAGAUGAAAUGAUCUUGUGUGCAGGUACAUUAUAUAAAGACCCUAGAAUGGAGGCAUUACUUUUGGAAUAUUUUUUUUUGUUUGAAUAAGUUAUUUGAAAAGUAUCUUAUCAGCAUACUCUCCUUUUGAAGUAUUUCUCUUGUUUUGUCAUCAGUACUUGUAGUUGCAAUAUAAUUCUCUGUUAUUAUUAUCAAUUAUGAUUUUAACUGCAUACUAUAAAAUGUCUUGAGUGGUCAUAGUCCGAGAGUAAAUUUGAUAAAUGUUAAUACAGGGGGAAAGUAAAACACUCUAACUAAAGAAUGCAUAUAGGAACACAUUGUUUUAAUAUUGUAUGCACAGACAUUUAAUGUGCACGUCUAAAUGAGAUCAUCAAUACAGCCUGGUAUCAAAAUAGUUUAAAAAAAAUAAAUUAAAAAAAGUAAUAAAAGAUAAUAACCAGUGUGUUUUAUUUUUUGGCCAAAGUUGGUUCUUUUGCUUUUGCUUUUACAUGUUGGCCUUUUGUUUUGUAGUAAAUAUGAGUCAAAUAAACUUUCCAGUAUUCUAAGAUUCCGUAGAUAGUGGGCAAAUAAUUCUAUAAAACGAUUUGCUUUACUACUGUCGAAUUACAGCAUGUAAUGUUUCAUUAAAAACAAUGUGAUUGCACUAUACAGAUUAUUCUAAGGAGGAGAUAAACAUAUUGUGUUUAGUCUACUCAAAAAUGUUUAAUUCAGAAAAUUUUGUAAUGUUGCUACAUCAUGUUUAAACAAUUUAAGCACAGUGUUUUACAAUUUAAAACAAUUCUAUUCACAAUUCAAUGUAACAAACAUAACAAUAAACCAUUCUAAAAGA